GGAAGCAAACAAGCAGCAUGUGAGGUGCCAGAAGUGUUUGGAGUUUGGCCAUUGGACGUAUGAAUGCACAGGGAAGAGGAAAUACCUGCACAGACCCUCGAGGACAGCUCAGCUAGCCAAAAUCCUGAAAGAGAAGCAACUUCUGCUGCAACAAAGUGCUGGAGAAAGUGCUGCGGAAAAGAAGACCAAGAAGAAGAGAUCCAAGAGUGUGACCAGUUCCAGCAGCAGCAGCAGUGACAGCUCAGGCAGCGACUCCUCAUCGGACUCCGAGGACUCUUCUACCUCCUCCUCCUCCUCUGACAGCGACAGCGAUGAGAGCUCCUCCUCCUCCUCCUCCUCUCCAUCCUCCAGCAGCUCCUCCUCCUCUUCCGAGUUCGACUCGGACUCCAGCUCCUCCUCCAGCAGCAGCAGCAGCUCAGACAGCAGCUCUGAAGAUGAGCCCCCCAAGAAGAAGAAGAAGAAAUAG